AUAACACCUAACCUAAAUUUCUGCUACAUAAACUAGUUUUAGAAAAAUAUUUGUUUUAAAUAAAUUAUAUGACAAAAAAUGUUCAAUUGUACCUUACUUUCCAGAAGCCUUAAUGUUUCAAAAAAUGUCUUCCAGUGUUACUGCAAUAACGUAGCUAAAAAUAAGAUAAAUGUUAAAGGUUACUCUAAAGAAAAUAUAAUAAAGACUUAUGGUCAACCAACAUCAAAUACUCAUCCACAUUUAAUAAGACCAGGUGAAAUAACAACAGGUAUUGCAAAACAUGAAUUUGAACAAAGAAGACAAAAGUUCGUGGAAAAACUUCUUACCUCAGCCCUUAAAAAUGAAAAUAGUGCCAAACAACAUAUUAUAGUUAUACCAUCAGCCUCGAAAAGUUACAUGUCAGAUAAAAUUCCGUAUGUAUUUAGACAAAAUAGUGAUUAUUUGUAUUUGACUGGCUGUCAAGAACCUGACACUUGUCUUGUGAUUACUACCACAACCUCAUCUCAAGAUUAUAAAGUAAUACUUUUCCUAAGAAAUAAAGAUAGUCAUUCAGAACUUUGGGAUGGUCCCAGGACAGGUAUAGAAGAUGCUAGUAAUUUCUUUGGCGUUAAUCAAGGCUUGCCAAUGACUGAACUUGAAACUUUUUUGAAUCUUUACUUCAAAUCUCACCCUCAAACAAUGUUAUGGUAUGAUUUUUUGACUCCCAUACAGGGGAAUAUUCAUAAUAUAAUGAAAAAGCUACAAAAUGGAAUGACCAAUAACUUUUGGGACACUCCAGUGCCUUUUGUGCAUGAGUUACGAUUAAUUAAGUCACCUGCAGAAAUCCAAUUAAUGCAGAAAUCUUGUGAUGUUGCUUCAGAGGCAAUUAUGAAAUCAAUAAUUCAUUCAAAACCAGGCUCUACUGAGCAUGAAAUUUUUGCUACGGUGGAUUACGAAUGUCGUAUGAAUGGGGCUGAAUUUCUAGCUUACCCUCCCGUCGUAGCAGGGGGCAACCGGGCCACUAUCAUCCACUAUAUCAAUAACAACCAGGUUGUUAACGAUGGGGAAAUGGUACUUAUGGAUGCUGGGUGCGAAUAUCAUGGUUACAGUAGUGAUAUAACGCGAACAUGGCCUAUAAAUGGGAAAUUCACUCCACAGCAAAGGAUAAUUUAUGAAAUUGUAGAAACCGUUCAAGCGCAAAUAAUUCAGUGGUGUGCUCAUUUUCCCAGUUUAGAUCAACUUUUUGAUUCCAUGUGUAUCUUGUUGGGAAAGUAUUUACAAGAAGUUGGUUUAAUUCCCAAAAAGGCAUCUCAAAAGGAAGUUAUAAGGGGCGCCUACAGUUUUUGUCCUCACCAUGUAUCCCAUUAUUUGGGGAUGGACGUGCAUGAUACCCCAUCCAUCCCAAGAAAAAUAAAAAUAGUGCCUGGCAUGAUAAUUACCGUCGAGCCUGGGAUUUAUAUAAGCAAUCAACUCAACGUUCCAGAAGAAUUUAGGGGUAUCGGGGUACGAAUCGAAGAUGAUGUCCUUAUUACUGAAAGUGGACCUGUGGUCUUAUCAGCGAAAUGUCGAAAGAGUCGUGAAGAUAUUGAAAAAAUUGCCUUUUACUGUAAUUGA